CGGGGCUGAGCGGCGGCGAGGAGGGGAGUGACGUCACUGGCGCCAUGGACAAGCUGAAGAAAGUUCUGAGCGGAGAGGACUCGGCGGCGGCCAACGACGACACGGGCGGCCUGUCCGAGGCAUUUGACGCAACCUCUUUAGGAUGGGGAACCAGAUUGAAAGGUUUUCUUGCCUGCUUUGUGGCAGGCAUCAUUUGCUCCAUACUGGGUGUCUGCUUUCUCUGGAUUCCGAAGAAAGGAUUGGUGCUCUUUGCAGUGUUUUACUCCAUUGGGAACAUCUCAACUCUUGCUAGUACUGUUUUUCUGAUGGGACCUGUCAAACAGUGUAAAAGAAUGUUUGACCCAACUCGGUUGAUAGCUACCAUAGUGAUGCUGAUUUGCCUUGCAUGUACACUGUGUUCUGCCUUUUGGUGGAAGAAGGCUGCACUUGCUUUGAUAUUUUGCUUGUUGCAGUUCCUUGCAAUGACCUGGUACAGUAUUUCAUACAUUCCAUUUGCAAGAGAUGCAGUGAAGAAGUGCUUUACAACAUGCCUCGAUUGAAGAUGGAGUUUGAAAUUGGUGAAGAUAAGAGUUUGGAGUUGCAGAAUGGGGUUUCUGGGCUACACCUUUUUGCACCAGCUUAUACAAAAUUACAAGUUUAGUAAUUAUUAUAAAGUGUGCCUUUAUAAUGCGUUAUCACCAUUAAUCUUGCAUACAUUCGGUGAAGCGUGAUAUUGUUAUCAAUAAUACAAGUGCUGGAAAUGGUCCUAAACCGUGAAGCCUUUCUAAUUUUCUCUAUCUAAGGUUAACAUUGAGAAUGGUGAACAAAAUGUUAAUCUGCAGGGACAUGAUCAAUACAGAUUAAUAGCUUAAUGACUGAUCUGUUUAGUUUGUACUUUAAAAAAAGUCAAAGUCAUUCCCCAGUGAAAUUCGUCAGUCAUUGCAAGUCUGUAAGAAAUGACCGUAUCCAGUGCUGAAAUCUCAGAAGAGACUGAAAACAUAUUUGGUUUCAGCCUCUUGUAAUGAGACAUUAUCUUAAAUAUUGACCAAAGGGAUUAUUGGGUUCACAUACUGUAGACUUAAUUCUACAUGCCUUAACAUUUUAUUUUUCCACAAAUAAUUGCUAUGGAAAUUAAUCGUGGGAAGUGUACCUGUUUACCUACAUUAAUAAUGAAGAAAUGAAAGUGCCUGAAGAUGUCGCUAUUUGGACCAGUGAUGCAGUCUUUUUGUUAUGUAGUUUAAGCACAUUGUUGAAGGAGAAAGAAUAUACUUAAGAGAUUCCAUUUAUUUUCUAAUAAAAUGUGCAAUUUAACCACUGAAUAUUGGACACCAAGAAACAAUUGGCUGUAAAAAAUCAGAAAUCAUUCUCGUGCCUUAUAUUUUUCGGGGGGGGGGUGGGAGAGAAAAAGGUGCAUCUUCAGAUAAAUUUGCAGUGCCUUACAAUCAGAUUUUUUUCCCCUGAGCCGAGCUACUAUAAGAAUGGUGAAAUCUGUUGCACAAGUUCUUUAACAUGCUUAUUUUUCUAUACGGAUUGUACAACCUGAUGUUGCAAUUUAUGUGCUGCGCUGAGCAAUGUUUUGCCAAGUGGCAUAAAAGAAGCAGUGCAAUUGUGUAAUAUGCUUUUCUAAACUUACCAAAUAUUUUGUUUCAUUAUAACAAGUUAUAGUUAUUUUGAUGCAUACAAUGCUUAACCUUUUUAAAAGGGAUUUUCACAUACUCCUUCUCCACCUAACCCCAGUUAACAGCCAGUAUAAUUGUAUAUUGGCAUUGAGACGUAAAAACAGUUUGUUUUGAUGAUGGCCUUGUGAUCAAUAUAGAUGGAAUGCAGCCAAAAAAAUCCCAUUUUAUAGUGGAGGAAAAUGAUGGAUGUAAACUUGCAUUUGCUGUUGAUGCCAAUUGCAAGUAUUCUGAAGCACUUGGCAUUUUAAAAUUAUGUAAAUUUUACAAAACUGCAGCUCUGAAGAUUGCUACACCUUUCAAUCUGCGGGUAAAAUGGAAUUCUUAUUGUAUAAACCGCUUAGAAACUUGGACAAAGUGAUUCCCACAUCUGAAGAGGAUGAGCUAGGUCAAUGAGAAAUGCACCUGGAUUAACAAAACCUGCUGACCUCUAUACUUGUUUUUUGUUCUAAAAUUUUGGUUUUGGUUUGUUGCAUCCAUCUUGUAUUUUGAUUUGAAAUGAAUGCAUUAUAAGGGGUUUUAAAAAAAAACUAAGUAGAGAAUUUGACAUAAAAAUGUAUUGCUUACUGAAGUAAAAGCCGCAAUUAAAUUUGUGAAACAGGUAAAUUGAAUGUGACUUGUUUCAGAGUAAACAGUAAUUUGGUUAUUCAUUGAAAUACUAAAGAGCUGUAGGGAAUUUCUUAGUUAGUGUAAGAUGUCUUUAGGCAACGGGUUUUCAGUUCUUAUCAAUAGUUUAUUACCUACUAAUUUUAUCAGGAAUCAGAAUCCUCAUUGUGUAUCUGACAUGCAGCUUUCAGCUUUAAUAUCCUGUCAGUUUAGAAAGUAUAAUAUUUCCAAGAUUGUUCUACUAGAUUCCUUUGGAGCCUAUAGCAGAAAUCAUUAUAUGGUUGAUAUGAUUUAAGUGCACCUAUAACUGAAUUGAAACAUUACAGAACAAGUCCUUUAGAUUGAUUGUAUAUUGGAUUUUGAUGUGUACUUUUGUGAGUUGCCUUGAUUUUAUUUGAAUUUCAAUUUUGUAGUUCUCUUUACCAGUAAUAACUUGGUAACCACUGCAACACUAGUAAUAUUUAAUGUCUCAACUUUCACUUUAGCUUGGUUACUUUAAAAAGAUGCCUUCACAAUAAAUUACAUUAAAUAUCAGUGGGGAAGACCAAGUGAUGCAUAUUUAAAGUUCUUCUGAAAUACCUUCAUGUUUAGCUUUGUGAUUUUUAAGGUCAAAUUAGAGAUGUGGGAGCUUCAUUAAAGUGGUCAAUUUUGGAUGCUGCUGUAAUUAACUUUCGUGUAUUUUUCCUUGGGUGAGAGGAAAGUGUUUGUGUUUGCUUCAAUCGGGCUCCAAUAUUCUCCUCCACAGCAAGAAUUAAUGGCUAAUGAUUCAUUGUGUGAAACCGAUAUCGAAGCUUCAAAGUAUAUGUCUUAAAAGGCUACAUCCUGCCUAGAGGCAGUCUUUUUGUUUAGUGAAGAAUUAGGAGUUCAAUUUUUUUUUCUGGAGAAUGUUCAAAUUGCCUGAAAUAUGAUUUUGAUAUGCAAAAAUGCUGCUACUGUAUUUUUUU